AUGGCUGCGGAGGAGACUGCAGGCCUCAGACCAGAAGCGGCGAGCCCCAAAGCUGAAGGGCGGCGGCCUUCGGUGAGCCAAGGUGAUGCGCCGACGAGCCCCAAGAGUGAAGGCCCAGCGACGGCCAAGCCUAAGAGCGAAGGCGAGGAAGCCGGAGGCGCGGGAAGAGGCCCUGUGGCCUCUGCACCAGACAUCGUCGAAGAGGCAAAGAGCCCUGCAGCCACUCAAAGGAGCCGCGAGUGGCUGCUUUUCCGCUUGUGCGAGGUUUACUCCGCACCUCGUUUGCCCCAUAUCUUUGCCAGCGACUGGACGCGUAUCGUAGAAUCCUCGGAGCAGAUGAGAUUCGGCUUCUGCAAGUUUGCGCCGAUGGCAGGGGUGGAUCACAAGGACAGGGAGAGGUGGCAGCUGAUCAAAUCAGGAUGUCAGCUGAAGCCCAAGACGGAGCAGCGCCCGCGGAGGCCAAGGGUGCCGCCAGCGCCGCGGAGGCAGGUGGCGCGCCCGACCGACGUGCCGCGGGCAGAGUCGCCGAAGCCUGCGCCACCUCCGAAGCCAGGAGAGGCGAAGAAGCGGGAGCUGCCGGCGCCCUGCGUUUGGUGUGGGCAGCUGGACCCCACGCACCCCAAGCAGUGCAAGCUGCGCAUUGUGGAGUGCAAGCACUGCAAGCAGCAACUGGAGCUGGGAGCCUUGAGGCUCCACUUCAAGGGCUGCGCGGCGCGGCCCGCCGCGCCUUUGCCCCGCCGCGACUCGCGCGGGAGCGGCGGCUUCGCGAUGCUGCAGCGGCUGCAGUCCACCGCCAAGACCCUGGCGCAGCAGCUCACGCAGUCCCUGCAGCGGGUGCUGGCGAAGCAGCCCCUGCUCUCCGCCAGCGAGGCGUCGCUCCUUAUGGCGAGCUUGGACAACAAGCUGCAGGUCCUGUCGGAGGAGCUGUCCACCUUCCGAGCGCGCUUUGAGAGGCGCAGCGUGGAGGACCGGCUGAAAGGCGACGUGGAGGACGCGCAGAUGCGGCUGUACCUCUUGCAGGGCCAGGUUCUGCUGGCCGAGAAGAUUGUCCUUGCCUGGGAGUCCUCCCUGAAGAGCGGGGAGCGGUCCAAGCUGCGCAGCAGCCUCUCCCGGCUGCAGAGCACGGUGCAGACCAUCCACCGGCAGUUGGAUGACCUCUCUCAGCAGGCAGUUCACAUGGACAUGGGGGACCCACGGCACAAUGCCAGCUAUGCGCCUGCGCAGCUGGAAUCUGAGCUGGAGGCCCUGAAGGAGGAGGUGACGGCGCUGGACCGCAGCCAGGAGACGCAGCUGGCACAGGGUGCGUCGCCUAAGCUCCAGGGGCUGACCGACUUGCAGGGCCGCCUUCACUUCUUCCAAGAGCUUUUGGUUUGCAUCACCGAGGCCACCUCCAGGAGCGACCAAGCCUCCUCCUUCACCGGGUUCCGUGUGCGCCCCAGCAGCCGGAAGCCGCUCCGGGAGGAGGACACGCAGGCGCCGGACGUGGCAGAAAGCUCGCCGCUGCCGCCGGAGCGGGGCCCGGCAGCCAUGGGUCUGCGCGAGGUCUCGCUGGAUCAGAUGAAGCAAGAGAUUCUGGAGGAGCGGAAGCGUUUUAUCGCCUACCACCUGGUGCGAAGACCGCAGCCGGAGAAGACGCGAUGA